UAAAGGAGACUACGAGUACCUUAACCUGGACUCCCGAGGCAGAAGGAGCUUUUAAAAGACUGAAAUAAGAACUCAUGAAAGCCCCAGCCUUGGGUCUUCCAGAUGUAACUAAGCCGUUUUGGUUAUUCUCCCAUGAGCGGCAGGGGAUGGCUCUGGGAGUUCUAGCACAGCAGUUGGGACCACAUAAGAGAGCUGUAGCUUAUUUCUCCAAACAAUUGGACGAAGUAAGCAAAGGCUGGCCUGGGUGCCUAAAAGCAGUGGCCGCAGUGAUUAUCAACAUAGAAGAGGCCAGAAAGCUUACGCUAGGCCAGAAAAUGACUGUGUUAGUCUCUCAUACUGUCUCAGCAGUGCUGGAACAAAAGGGUAACCAUUGGUUAUCGCCUUCAAGAUUCCUAAAAUAUCAAGCCAUCCUAGCUGAAUCAGAUGAUGUAACCAUUCAAGUAACUAACAUUGUCAACCCAGCUUCGUUUCUAGAAGGGAGAAUUCCGGCAGAACCUCUCGAACAUGAUUGCCUGGAAACGAUCGAGGCAGUCUAUUCCAGUCGUCCAGACCUCAAGGAGGAACCAUUUGAAGAUGCGGACAACUGGUUCUCGGACGGCAGCAGCUUCGUGAGGCAAGGAGUAAGAAUGGCAGGCUAUGCAGUGACCACAACAGAAGAGGUAAUUGAAUCAAAUCCCCUACCUGCAGGGACUUCGGCCCAGAAGGCAGAACUGAUUGCUCUUACCCGAGCCCUGGAAUUAGCAGAAGGUAUGCGAAUUAACAUUUGGACUGAUUCUAAAUAUGCUUUCUCUGUCGUACAUGCUCACGGAGCAAUUUGGAAAGAAAAGGGGACUAUUAACUGCCCAGGGGAAAACAAUCAAACAUGCAGAAGAAAUUCUAAGGUUGUUAGAAGCGGUCCAACUCCCAGAGCAGGUGGCCAUAAUGCAUUGUAAGGGACACCUGAAAGGUAACACAGUUCCAGAAAUAGGGAAUAGGAAGGCAGAUGCAGAAGCCAAAUUAGCUGCUGCAAAAACUGAAGAAAUAACCAUAACAGCUUUAAUACCGGGAGAAUUAGAUACAGAUUUUCAACCAAAUUAUCAAGAAUCAGAUCAAAGAUGGAUUAAAAAGAACAAGGGUAAAUUGUUAGACAACGGGUGGGGACAGUUAGAAACAGGUCAACUAAUAAUACCUGAAAAAUUAAUGUGGCAGUUUGUAAAGACAGAACAUGAAAAAGCCCAUUGGGCCUUAGACCCACUCUAUCAAUAUUUACAAACCCGAAUAGCAGGACCAAAACUCUUUACUACAGUAAAAUACGUCACAUCUCAAUGUGAGCGAUGCCUAAAGAAUAAUCCAAAUACUGGAACGAAGGUACAUCAGGGAGCCAUAAAUCGAGGUAAAUUCCCAGGUGAAGUGUGGCAAAUUGAUUUUUCAGAACUCCCAAGAAAAGGGGGGUUUCGACAUUUAUUAGUAUUAACUGACACAUUUUCUGGGUGGCCUGAAGCAUUCCCUUGUAGGACAAAUAAAGAAAGAGAAGUAACCAAGGUUUUACUAAACGAAAUAAUACCCCGAUUUGGGGUACCGAGAAGUAUAUCUUCAGACAGAGGUACGCAUUUUUGUGCAAAAGUAGUAAGAGCAAUAAGCAAGGCAUUACAAAUUAAGUGGCAGUUACAUACGCCUUACCGGCCUCAGGCUAGUGGGCAAGUCGAAAAGAUGAAUCACCUGAUUAAACAACAAAUUGCUAAGAUAUGCCAAGAAA